AUAUCAAGUCUUCAACUUUUCUUCACUAUCCAUCUAAUUCUCAUGGCAGCCAUGGCAACCACGACCCUAACUUCAAAUCCCAAACUCUCAUUCUUCGACCACAAGCCCACCUCCUUCCAUGGAAAGCCCGUUUCUCAGUCCCGUCUCACACCCACAAAAUGCUCCACCAAACAACCCGCAAUCUCCAUGUCCCUAACUACACCCCCUUACGACUUCCAAUCUUUUAAGUUCCAACCCAUCAAAGAAUCCAUCGUCGCACGCGAAAUGACGCGCCGAUACAUGACCGACAUGAUAACCUACGCCGACACCGACGUCGUGGUCGUGGGGGCGGGCUCCGCGGGCCUCUCCUGCGCGUACGAGCUGAGCAAGAACCCGGCCGUGCAAGUCGCGAUAAUCGAGCAGUCAGUGAGCCCCGGCGGCGGCGCAUGGCUCGGCGGGCAGCUCUUCUCCGCCAUGGUGGUGCGCAAGCCCGCCCACCUCUUUCUGGACGAGCUCGGCGUGGCCUACGACGAGCAGGAGGACUACGUGGUGAUCAAGCACGCGGCGCUGUUCACCUCCACCAUCAUGAGCAAGCUCCUGGCACGGCCCAACGUGAAGCUCUUCAACGCCGUGGCGGCGGAGGACUUGAUCGUGAAAGAAGGGAGGGUUGCCGGAGUGGUGACGAACUGGGCUCUGGUUUCGAUGAACCACGAUACGCAGUCCUGCAUGGACCCCAAUGUGAUGGAGGCUAAGGUUGUGGUGAGCUCUUGCGGGCAUGAUGGACCCUUUGGGGCAACUGGGGUUAAGAGAUUGAAGAGUAUUGGAAUGAUUGAUAGCGUACCUGGAAUGAAGGCCCUGGAUAUGAACACUGCCGAGGAUGCUAUUGUGAGACUGACCAGGGAGAUUGUGCCUGGCAUGAUUGUGACUGGUAUGGAAGUUGCAGAAAUUGAUGGUGCCCCAAGAAUGGUAUGUUAG